CGCUUUGCCAUCUUUCCCUUUUUUUUUUCCAAAUUAUUUUAUUUUCGGCGUUUUUUCCACUUAUGCACUUGUCUACAUCUCGCUCUCACUCAAUCCCAUGGGCCCCACUCCGGACUGCAAUUACCAAACCACCCCUGCCUUGUCCAAGCAAAUAAACUAAUAAUAAGCUUAUUUCUCUCUCUCUCUCUCUUAUCCCAUUUCUCAUUUCAUCAAAAUGCCACUGAAUCGCCAAACCCUCGCCAUCGUCAUCCUCAUCCUCAUUACCCUCGCCGUGUCCGUACGCCGCACGGUGGCGGAAGAGCUGCCGGAGUACCGUGAGGCACCGGCAUUUCGAAACGGGAGGGAAUGUCCGACGACGGCGUGGUCGCCGUCGUCGUUGGAGAAGAAUCCUCACGACCCGUCCAUAAUCCACAUCGCGAUGACGCUAGACGAGACCUACCUCCGCGGCUCCAUUGCCGGCGUCUUCUCCGUCCUUCAGCACGCCUCCUGCCCAGAGAACGUUGUCUUCCACUUCAUCGCAGACCGCCGCCGCGCCGCCGAUCUCCGCCGCGUCGUCGCCACCACCUUCCCUUACCUCAAGUUCCACAUCUACAACUUCGAUCCUAACCUCGUCCGCGGCAAAAUCUCCUACUCCAUUCGCCGAGCCCUAGAUCAGCCUCUCAACUACGCCAGGAUCUACUUCCCCGAUCUCCUUCCCUCCGGCGUCCGCCGCAUAAUCUAUUUCGACUCCGACCUAAUCGUCGUCGACGACGUGGCGAAGCUCUGGAGAAUCGAUCUCCGCCGCCACGUGGUCGGCGCGCCGGAGUACUGCCAUGCGAAUUUCACGAGCUACUUCACGCCGAAAUUCUGGUCCAAUCCUGUGUUUACGGCGUCGUUUCGAGGCCGUAAGCCUUGCUACUUCAACACCGGUGUAAUGGUGAUCGAUCUCUGGAAAUGGAGGGAAGGAAAGUUCACGGAGAAGCUCGAGCAUUGGAUGAGAGUCCAGAAAAGGUACAGAAUCUACGAGCUCGGCUCCUUGCCGCCGUUUCUCCUGGUCUUCGCCGGCGACGUGGAGAGAGUCGAGCACAGGUGGAACCAGCACGGCCUCGGCGGCGACAAUCUCGAGGGACUCUGCAGAGAUCUCCAUCCUGGUCCGGUGAGUCUCCUUCAUUGGAGCGGAAAGGGGAAGCCAUGGCUGAGACUCGACUCGAAGAAGCCUUGUCCGUUGGAUAGCCUUUGGGCUCCGUACGAUCUCUUUCGUCACAAGUCCUUGUUCUCGGACAGCUAAGAGAGAAGGAGAAAGAGGUAGAGAGAGAAAGUUCGCCGGGAAUUAUGGAGGUCGUUUGUUGAUUACCGGCCGUCGGCGAUCGUCAGACUCGGACAACGCGAGAGAAGAGAUGAGAGAAAAGACGAAUGAGGACAAACGUGAUGAAUGGGAUUUUUUUUCUUUUACACGCGUACAAAUCGUGUAGGAUGGAUGGAGGGUAUAUCUGUCUGCUUGUACAAAUUCGAUAAUUUUGGUUAUUUAUGUUGCUUCUUUUGUAAAAAGAAAAAAAGGGAAAAAAAAGUGGGGAAAAUGUGACGAAUUGUUUUUGUCUGGUACGGUAAAAGCGGAGGAAGUUACGGCCGUUUAAGAUUGAUCAACGGCUGUGAUGAUACGUUAAAAUGGACAGCUGUUUAAUGUGAAAAGCGAUUUUGACGCUAAAAAUUUGGAUUAUUGUCUGAUUGGUAGAUAGUAAGUGGAAAUAUUACAUUUGUACGGAAAGGGCAGUGGCAGUAGACUAGUAGUGGUUGCAGUGGGUGCCUUUUUAAAUA